UUAAAAGGCUUCAAAAAGCCUGUAUAUAAAGUUAAGCUUGGACCUGUUGCAGUAGUGAGUGACACAAUAAACUACGAUGACUAAGUUGAACAAGACAAAAGUGUACAUGAUUGUGACUAUUACUAUAAUGCAGAGCAUCUGUAUUCAAAGUUACAAUUUUACAAUUCAAGACUCAAGAGUGACUGAGCAACCAGUAAAUAAUGAUCACUUUGAAUCGUUUAAAAGUACCACCUGCUCUAAUGAUACUGAUUGUCCACUAUGGACAACUUGUAACAACAACACCUGUAUAUGUCGACAAAUAGACCAGAGGCUUACAGCUAAAUGUGAGAAUCUCCAACUUAUGGCCCGUAAAUGCAGUUGUGUGACAUAUGACAAUCAAACAAGAGAAUUCACUGCAGGAGAGUGUAUUGAAGGCUGUAGUAAUGACACUACCAACAACCAAUUGUACUUUUCGAUUCCAUCUGACCCUUCAGAAAUCAACAGAUUCAUGUGUGAAGAAAGAUGGAACAGAACAGGAAGACUGUGUGGGAAAUGUUUACCAGGACAUUCUCCACUAGCUUACUCUUAUGACAUGCGAUGCGUUAAAUGCCCAGAGGGGAUUAACAAUAUUUGGAAGUACAUUUUAGUAGCAUAUGGACCUCUGACAGUAUUCUAUUUAAUCGUACUAUUCUUCAAAAUCAACGCAACAUCCUCUCAUCUUCACGGCUUCCUCUAUUACAGUCAAGCAGUGUCUGUGCCAGCAUUUGUUAGAGUGGCUUACAUUGCAAUGGUCGGAGAUGCAACAAAUCUUUUCCUAUUUCACACACUAACUCCCAUCUAUUCAAUUUGGAGUCUUGAUAUUCUCAGAAGCUUACAGCUUGAAAUCUGUUUGGAUGUUUCCACAUUAACACUAUUUGCAAUGGACUACAUACUAGCUAUGUACCCAUUGCUGUUGACAGUUACUUCAUAUAUCUUAAUAGAGCUCCACGAUCGAGACUACAAAGUGAUGGUAUUUUUGUGGAGACCUUUCCGCUGUGUCUUCACAACUUUUUGUAGAAACUGGAACAUUAGAAACUCGGUAAUCGAUGCUUAUGUCACUUUUUUUCUACUAUCAUUCGUAAAAGUGCUCAACAUUUCGAUAGACAUUCUCACUCCCUCUCGUGCUACUGACUUGACUAGUGGCAAGUCAACCUGGGUACUGUACUACGAUGGAACAGUGGACUACUUAGGAACUGAGCACUUACCCUACGCUAUUCUUACAAUAAUAAUAGGCAUUGUGAUGAUCGUAGCACCGGCGAUUUUACUUGUACUGUACCCUUUCAGAUGGUUUCAACGUCUUAUAUCAUGCCUACGAGUAAAAGGACACAUCCUACAAACUGUCAUGGACUCUUUCCAGGGUUGUUACAAGGAUGGGACAGAGCCUGGAACACGAGACUAUCGAUGGUUUGCAGCCGUUCCUAUCAUAAGUCGCUCAAUCGCUUUCAUAUUGUUAUCUUUCACACUGGACAGCAGCUAUUUUCCAUUGGGAUCAGUAGUAGUGGUUUCUGGUCUUGUGUUGACCAUCAUUAUUCAGCCGUAUAAGAACAAUGUUGCAGUUUACGCCAAAAUCGAUUGCAUUUUUCUGGGAUUCCUUGCCAUAACGUUCACAAUGAUAGACGGCAAAAAUAUAGCUGAUUUGCUACAUCCAAGUUUGAAUCAAGUCAAUGAUAUACUCUUAGGGAUCACAUCCUCUGCUCCAAUAUUCUACAUGGUGGGCAUAACGCUCUAUUGGAUAUUGUCGAGGAUGAAGAAAGGAGGAAGAUUGUUGAAUCGCUUCAGAGCACAGAGACAAGGCUAUCAAGAUAUAGAAGAUGGCAUGCCAGACAGACUUAUUAAUCCUGAACACUACCAAGGAAGUAUGCUACACACUCCAGUUUUAAAUACAUGUGAUGUAAACAAUGAACAAGACUCGUACUGACUGUUACAUGUACAUCCUUUAUUUCUUACGCACAACACUAAGCAAAAACUUAAUGCACAAUCACUGUUUUAUAACCCACACACAAAUUUGUAAUAACACAGGUAAUGAUUCAUAACACA